AUGAAUAAAGUUUGCUUAAUUAUUACUCUAUUAAUUCUUCAGGAUGUCAAGGCUUAGUAUUCAAAUUAAGAAAAAUGCAGUUUAAUUAUAAAAAGUAUAUUUGCUGGCUUAGGUUUAAUGUAUUAAACAAAUGAAAUCAAUUACAUGGAAAAUUUAGAUUGCGAUGGUUUCUUAGCUAAUAUUUCUAAAUCUGUUGAAUUAUCAAAUAAGCAGCAUUAAGACUAAUUGCAAGCAGGAUGGUAUGAACUUGGGAAUGCAUUUGGAAAAGUUAUAGAAUCGAUUAAGGUAGACUUAAACAAGGAUCUAUCCAAAUAAAGUGCCUAGUUAUAAUGGUUAAUAAGUUAUUUCAACAAUUUGAGGUUAAAAUUAAAAAAUACUAUUGUAUGCUAAAUAGAUGAAUAAUGGAGGCAGAUAAUUGAUUUACUUUUCGAAUCAUCAUUUUUUAGUGACUAAUUCAAUUUAUUCUAAGACAAAUAGUAUCAGUAGUAUGGGUAUGAGGUCGGUUAAAUGUUCUUUAAAAUAUAAAUGAAAAUUGUUAAUUUAAGCUCUAUAUUUCAAGAUAUGAAUGUGGCUUUACAAGUUUUUAACGGGUUUUAAUUUUCCAUUAAAGAUCAAUCGUAAAUUACUAAAGAUUAGCUAAAGAGAUGCUUAGAGGGUGCUGAUUAAAUUGUUAUUUACUUUGAUGAUUUCUCAUAUCAGGUAUAAGAAUAUAUGUAUAUACCAUACACUUUUUGUUUUCAUAAAUAAAUUUGGCUCGCACUAAAUCAUUAUACAAAUGCAUUAGAUAAAUGUUCCGAUUCAAUAACUAAUGCUCCAAUUUUAAGCAGUCGACUAAAACAAUUCCACAAAGUACUAGAAAAUAACAAAUUUUUGAUUAGAAUUGAUCUUAAUCCAAUAUUUGAUCAUGCAAGAUAGGCAUAUAUAUGUUGGUGUAUGGGAUAUUGGUUUGGAUUUGGAGAAGAGUUAGGGAAUUAUUUAACAAAUUUAGAAGAAGAUAUGUAAAAGCGUCUUCAAAAUUUUUGA